AUGGUGCCGCAUCAGCUUGGUAUCUUAGUAGAGCAUCUGGGCAAAGGCCAACUGCCACUCAAGGAUAUCAUGUUGUACGUCGUGUACCGCAGUUUGCAAGGCCAGCAAGGUGUCCUCGGUUCGCUUCGAGCCAUACUCUGGAUUCCCAUCAGCCAAUCGGCCUAUCGCCGGCUUACCGUAGCCGCAUUCGAGCACGUCAUGAAACUCUCGCUAGACUUUCAUUUGAGCAAGCGCGUUGGUGAAGUCAUCAGCGCACUGAGCAAAGGCAGCGCAAUCAACACUUUCUUGGACGGCCUUGUGUUUCAGCUGUUUCCUAUGGUGUUCGAUCUCGCUAUUGCGGCUGUGUACUUCUUCGUGUUCUUGGACGCUUUCUACGCAAUCAUCGUUGUUGCUGUCAUGUGGUUCUACCUCUUCAUCACCAUCUACAUGGCCAAGUACCGUGGCCGAGCAAGACGCGAAGCUGCGACACGGGAUCGUGAGAUGGAUGCCGCCAAAACCGAUGCUAUCAUGUCGUACGAGACCGUGCACCACAACAGUGCCUUGCCGCUCGAGCUUUCCAAAUUCCAACGCCUAGUGAAAUACUUCCAGGAAGCAGAGUACUCUGUGUUUUUCUCCUUGAAUGCACUAAACGCCGUACAAAAUUUCAUUUUCGUCGUCGGCGUUCUCCUCACAUGUCUUCUCGCAGCGUUUCAGAUCUCCGAGGGCAUAUACAAGGUCGCCAUGUUUGUUACGAUCUUAACGUACUUGGCUCAACUACAGGCACCGUUGAACUUCUUCGGAAGCUUCUAUACUCAAGUGCAAAACAACAUGGUAGAUGCCGAGCGCAUGCUUGCUCUGGUAAGUAGUUUUGACUUCAUGGUCCACGCGAACGAUACAAAAGCUAACACCUACGUGUUGCAGUACAAGAUCACACCUCAGGUCCAGAACAGCCCGCACGCAAAGCCCAUGAACACAUGCUCGGGCAGAAUAACCUUGAACGACGUCGAAUUCGCCUACGAUAAGCGGAAACCCACAUUAUCAAAUGUCAGCUUCGAAGUCCAGCCCGGCACCACAACAGCCAUCGUCGGCGAAAGCGGGAGUGGAAAAUCGACUAUCCUCAAGCUCCUCUUCCGCUUCUACGAGGUCGAUGGAGGAAGCGUCCAGAUCGAUGGCAUCGACGUGCGCGACAUCACCAUGGCAACACUGCGUACACACUUCAGCGUCGUGCCGCAAGACACAAUUCUCUUCAACGAGACCAUCCUCUACAACGUCAAGUAUUCGAACCCCAGCGCAUCUUUCGAAGACGUCCAGGCCGCCUGCAAAGUCGCCAGUAUCCACGAGAAGAUUAUCAGUUUCCCCGAUGGUUACAACAGCAAUGUUGGCGAAAGGGGUCUCCGACUCUCUGGCGGCGAAAAGCAGCGUAUUGCUAUCGCGCGUGCGGUUCUCAAGCAUCCGCAGAUUAUGCUGCUGGAUGAGGCGACGGCUUCGCUGGACUCGCAGACUGAGCGUUUGAUCCAGGAUUCGUUGAAAACUGCUUGUAAAGGGAGGACUACUAUUGCUAUCGCACAUCGCUUGUCGACUAUUACCGAUGCGGACCAGAUCAUCGUUAUGCACCAGGGCCAUAUUGUUGAGAGAGGGACGCAUGAGCAGUUGUUGGCGGUUGGUGGGAGGUACAAGUCAAUGUGGGAGAAGCAGACGAAGGCUGUCUCGGCUUGA